CGGCGGCCAAGGAAACGCCAUGUCACCCCUUUUUCAUUAAACAAAGAUAUCCCACGUCAUCAACUAACCCAAAAUGAUAUACACAAAAAACACUCCAGCUUUUCUUCUCAAAAACACACUUAUAAAGAUUCAAACAAAUUCAUCUUCAAAUUCUUUUCCAGAAACUUAAGUAAAUACCAAUUUAACAGAGAAGAUAGAGAAAGAAUCCAUGUCAUUUGGAAAUGAAGACCAAGAAAAAAGGUUGGAAUACCCAGCAAAGGAAGAAAAGGAUUAAGGAUGCACGUAUUGCAGUUUCAGAAACACUAGCAAAAUGGAGAAGUGAGGAAAUGCCUGAUGAUUCGUGCGAGGGGAAGUCUAGAACAAAGCGAAAACAGAAGCCUAUGGGUUCGAAGAGGGGUUGUAUGAGUGGAAAAGGUGGUCCAGAGAAUUCGAGUUGCAGAUACAGAGGUGUUAGGCAGAGGGUUUGGGGUAAAUGGGUGGCAGAAAUUCGCAAACCAAUCUCCAGUGAACUACAAAAUAGUGGUAAUAAGAUACGACGUCUAUGGCUAGGCACCUUCCCAACUGCCUUUGAAGCAGCUUGUGCUUAUGAUGAGGCUGCUCGGGUUCUCUAUGGCCCAUCUGCUAUUCUUAAUUUUCCUGACGCCGGGUCUGAAUCAACAGGUUCAUCUGUUUAUGGACUAUCAUCAGAAAAGAAUGUUAUAUCUUUAGAAACACAUUCAUCAGCUUCUCUGCAUGUAUGCAAUGGUGAUAGUGAGCCUGAGUUCUUGGAGAAUAAGAGAACACAUAUAGUAAAGGACAGUAAAGAACAGAUUGAUGAUCUAGAAGGCAAAGUGACAAGCAAGACAGAAUCUUUCAGUGCUGAUGAUAUUCAGUGUUCACAGAAAAAAGAACAAGAUGGAGCAACAGGCACUCGAGAUUCGAAGAAUAGUCUAGUAAAUUCAAUGGAUGUCGUGGCUAUGCAACAAACAAGUCGUGAUUGUGGUGGAUAUCGGCAGGAAGAGGAAGAAGGUUCUUUGGAUUUGGAUGAUUUGACUGGUUUAAUCAACUUUGAUGAAAGUUCUUUCAAUAUUGGCCAAGUUGAUGAUUUAAUCAACUUUGAUAGAGAUUUUUUCAAUUUCGAUGACUUAUCUGAUUUUAUGAAAUCUGAUAAUAGCGACACCCAAGAAGUGAAGAAUGUCCUAUUCCCUGACCUGUAGGUUAAAUUGUCAGACAGCAUAUCGUUGGCUGAAGUGAUCAAUUUUACUGAUAGCAUCUCAGUUAGGUUUUGUUCUAGCAUAGUUGUACAAAGAGAUACAAUCUCCUCUCACAUCUGGCAGUUCUGGAUUUUGGUUUACAUUAAAAUUUUGUUAGUCAUUGAGGAAGGAUGAUACAAGCAGGUAAGAUAGGAGCAGAUUAAUCGGAAUCUAUACAAUUUCUAAUGCAAUAUAAAUUCAUCUAUCAUUGUA